GCGGCGGCGGCCGGAGUCGGAUCCUGAGCCCGAGCCUGGGGGGACCGGGGGAAAGGAAGCGGAGGGGAGCAGAGACAGGCAGGCAGGCAGGGGAAGGGCCAUGGACUCGGCGACUGCUGCCCGAACAGCCGCCGCGGCGGAUGAGGGGAUGGUGAGAGGAGGCGGCGCGGUCGGGAGCCACUCCGCCACUAGGUGAAGGGGUUGGUGGGCAGAGACUGUCGGUGGCAGAGGAAGAGGAGAGUCUGAGAGGAGCCUGCGGGCGGGCUGGGCUGUCACCGGCGCUGCCGCUGCUGCCGCUGCCGCUGCUGCUGCCGCUGCUGCCUCCCAGCGGAGGGGAGGAGGAGCAGGCGGCGGCGGCUGGGGCACCAGCAGCCGACUCUCGGCAGUCGGGGAAGCGGCUGGAGGGGGCGAGCCGGGCCUCCGGCUGUCUGUGGGUCUCUCUGGGCGCGGCGGCCGAGCUGCUCUCUCGGGAUCCCUGCUUGCUGCCCGUCGUCGCGGUAUUUCCUGCCGGGAUAUCUCCCUCCCUCCCUCCUUCCUUCCUCUGCUUCCCCCACACACCCUCUUCCUCCUCCUCUUCUUCCUCCGUUUUCUGGUCUCUCUGACCAUCCUGUCAAAACUGCCGCCCGGCUUCGCCCUCCCCCCUCCCUCGGUCCACGUCCACGGGGACGUCGCUCGCCGCCCUCCCUUCUCCCUCUCCCCUCCCUCGGAGCCUCUAGCUAGGGGGCCGCGGAGGCGCUGCGGGGGGAGGCCGCGGCUGCCGCGGGAGGAGGAGGAGGAGGAAGAGGAGGUAGAAGAAGAAGGCUAGGGAACGGGGAGCGCCCGGGGAGACCAUGAAGAAAUUCAACAUCAGGAAGGUGCUGGACGGCCUGACAGCCGGCUCGUCGUCGUCGUCGUCGUCGUCCUCGCAGCAGCAGCAGCAACAGCAGCAGCAGCAACAGCAGUCGGGCGGCCGGGAGAACGAAGUGCAGGAGACGCUCCAGUCCGAGCACUUCCAGCUCUGCAAGACUGUUCGCCAUGGAUUCCCCUAUCAACCCUCAGCCUUGGCAUUUGAUCCGGUGCAGAAGAUCCUGGCAGUUGGAACUCAGACUGGUGCUUUAAGGCUCUUUGGUCGCCCAGGAGUAGAAUGUUAUUGCCAGCAUGACAGUGGUGCUGCGGUGAUCCAGCUCCAGUUCCUGGUUAAUGAGGGAGCUCUUGUGAGUGCCUUGGCUGAUGACACCUUACAUUUGUGGAAUUUACGUCAGAAGAGACCUGCAAUACUGCAUUCACUGAAAUUUAGCAGAGAAAGGAUAACAUUUUGCCAUCUGCCUUUCCAGAGCAAGUGGCUUUAUGUGGGCACAGAAAGAGGUAACAUACAUAUUGUCAAUGUUGAAUCCUUCACACUCUCAGGCUACGUCAUUAUGUGGAAUAAAGCCAUUGAGCUGUCAUCUAAAUCUCACCCAGGACCUGUUGUCCAUAUAAGCGAUAAUCCAAUGGAUGAGGGAAAGCUUUUGAUUGGCUUCGAGUCUGGAACAGUAGCAUUAUGGGACCUCAAAUCAAAGAAAGCAGAUUAUAGAUACACACAUGAUGAGGCCAUACACUCAGUUGCCUGGCACCAUGAAGGAAAACAAUUCAUUUGUAGUCAUUCAGAUGGCACUUUGACAAUAUGGAAUGUAAAGUCUCCCACCAAGCCUGUACAAACAAUUACUCCACAUGGAAAGCAAUUAAAGGAUGGGAAAAAACCAGAACCAUGCAAACCUAUCCUCAAGGUGGAAUUCAAAACGACUAGAUCUGGGGAGCCUUUUAUUAUUCUUUCAGGAGGUUUGUCCUAUGAUACUGUAGGAAGGAGACCAUGUUUGACAGUUAUGCAUGGGAAAAGCACGGCUGUUCUAGAAAUGGACUAUUCCAUUGUUGAUUUUCUUACACUCUGUGAAACACCGUACCCAAAUGAUUUCCAAGAACCAUAUGCUGUGGUUGUCCUUCUGGAAAAAGAUUUAGUACUUAUAGACCUUGCACAAAAUGGGUAUCCUAUAUUUGAAAAUCCCUACCCCUUGAGCAUACAUGAAUCUCCUGUUACCUGUUGUGAAUAUUUUGCUGAUUGUCCUGUAGAUGUUAUCCCUGCACUUUAUUCUGUUGGAGCAAGACAGAAACGCCAAGGUUACAGCAAAAAGGAGUGGCCUAUUAGUGGAGGUAACUGGGGAUUGGGUACUCAGAGUUACCCUGAAAUUAUAAUCACAGGGCAUGCAGAUGGAUCCAUCAAGUUCUGGGAUGCCUCUGCAAUAACACUUCAAGUACUAUAUAAGCUAAAAACAUCUAAAGUGUUUGAAAAAUCAAGAAAUAAAGAAGACAGACCAAAUACAGACAUUGUAGAUGAAGAUCCAUAUGCCAUUCAGAUAAUUUCAUGGUGUCCAGAAAGUAGAAUGCUGUGCAUUGCUGGUGUCUCAGCACAUGUCAUUAUCUAUCGAUUCAGCAAACAGGAAGUAACAACAGAAGUGAUUCCGAUGCUUGAAAUUCGAUUGUUAUAUGAGAUAAAUGAUUUGGACUCACCUGAGCUUGAACAAGUUCCACCAUUGCCAACACCUGUGGGAGGUUCCAAUCCUCAACCUAUUCCUCCCCAGUCUCAUCCAUCAACUAGCAGCAGUUCAUCUGAUGGACUUCGUGACAAUGUCCCAUGUUUGAAGGUUAAAAAUUCUCCUCUUAAGCAGUCUCCAGGCUAUCAGACAGAGCUAGUUAUUCAACUGGUGUGGGUAGGUGGAGAACCACCACAACAGAUAACUAGCCUUGCUGUUAACUCUUCCUAUGGCAUAGUAGUUUUUGGCAAUUGUAAUGGUAUUGCAAUGGUUGAUUAUCUCCAGAAAGCAGUGCUUCUCAACCUUGGCACCAUUGAAUUAUAUGGUUCUAAUGAUCCUUAUCGACGAGAACCCCGAUCGCCACGCAAAUCUCGACAACCAUCAGGAGCAGGUCUCUGUGAUAUCAAUGAAGGUUCUGUAGUGCCAGAGGAACGUUGCAAGUCACCCACUUCUGGUUCUACGUCGCCAAACAAUUCUGAUGAUGAACAAAAAGUGACUAAUUUUAUAGAAAAGGUGAAGACCAAAAGCAGAAAAUUUUCCAAGAUGGUAGCCAAUGAUAUCGCCAAGAUGUCAAGAAAGUUAAGCUUGCCUACAGAGCUGAAGCCUGAUUUAGAUAUAAAAGACAAUUCCUUCAGUCGGUCACGGAGUUCAAGCGUAACCAGUAUUGAUAAAGAAUCCCGAGAAGCAAUUUCAGCUCUGCAUUUCUGUGAAACUUACACACGAAAGACUGACUCUUCACCUUCCCCAUGCUUAUGGGUUGGGACUACUUUAGGUACAGUGCUUAUCAUUGCACUGAACGUUCCUCCAAGUGGAGAACAAAGACUUCUUCAGCCAGUAAUUGUAUCUCCAAGUGGUACCAUAUUGAGAUUAAAAGGGGGAAUUCUAAGAAUGGCAUUUCUAGAUACCACUGGAUGUUUAAUGCCACCAGCAUAUGAACCCUGGAGAGAAUACAAUGUGCCUGAAGAAAAAGAUGAAAAGGAUAAGUUGAAAAAACGUCGACCUGUCUCUGUAUCUCCCUCUUCCUCUCAGGAAAUCAAUGAAAACCAAUACGCAGUGAUUUGUUCUGAAAAGCAAGCAAAAGUGAUCUCACUGCCAACCCAGAACUGUGCUUAUAAGCAAAAUAUAACAGAGACCUCAUUUGUUCUUCGUGGAGAUAUAGUGGCAUUGAGCAAUAGCAUUUGCCUUGCAUGUUUCUGUGCCAAUGGACAUAUUAUGACUUUUAGUUUGCCAAGUUUAAGGCCACUGUUGGAUGUAUAUUACCUGCCACUUACCAACAUGAGGAUAGCAAGAACAUUCUGCUUCACCAAUAAUGGGCAAGCAUUGUAUCUUGUCUCACCUACAGAAAUUCAGAGACUCACUUACAGUCAAGAAACUUGUGAAAACCUCCAGGAAAUGUUAGGUGAACUCUUCACUCCAGUAGAAACACCUGAAGCACCAAACAGGGGAUUUUUUAAAGGCUUGUUUGGAGGUGGUGCACAGUCCCUUGACAGAGAAGAACUCUUUGGAGAAUCAGCUUCUGGAAAGGCAUCCAGGAGUCUUGCUCAACACAUCCCUGGUCCUGGUGGUAUUGAAGGUGUGAAAGGAGCAGCAUCUGGCGUUGUUGGUGAACUGGCUCGAGCCAGGUUGGCAUUGGAUGAAAGAGGACAGAAACUUGGUGAUCUCGAAGAAAGGACAGCGGCAAUGCUAUCAAGUGCAGAUUCAUUUUCUAAACAUGCUCAUGAGAUGAUGUUGAAGUACAAAGAUAAAAAGUGGUACCAGUUUUGAAAGCCAGAAUCCAGUUAUAUCCAACUUUGCCUGGAAGAGGGGGAAAAAUCCCAUUUUUUUCUUUCCAUUAAUUUCUUUAAGACAGAAUUGAAAGGGUAUUCAUCACAGGACACUGUUCUUUCCUAGCACAAUCAUGCACUGUUUUACCUCAGUCAUGUGGCUUUAACUGAGGGGUGUUGUAUUUAAAAUGUAUACACACACAACUGGAGUAUCUAUGUGUGCCCCAGCCAUGAAGUAACAGCUUGAGAACUGAGCAGGUCACACAGGACACAUGAAGAGGAAAAGAGAAAAUUGGUACAAAAUGGCAGUGACAGUCUUGGAUCAGUCCUUUACUAAAAUUUCACAUGCCUAGAGGUUUUGUGCUAUUGAAUCAGCUUAUCAGUGCCGGGUUUCUUUUAAGGAGAGGCAGUAAAUGAGGGGUUCUGGAACUAGAACGGUCAUAUUUGCAUCAUUGAAUUGAACUAUUAACAGCUCUCAUGAACUUUCCCUCCUCAUAAGAGGGUUGGUCAUCAUUAUCAGUAGUGAAGAAGAAUUAAACUGCCACCUUCUGUUGAGACAGAAAAAGUUAAAGAAUUGGCUAUUGAUAAUGAAAACAAACAUAGUUGACCUGUGGAUGGGCUAUUCUUGGAUCUCUGUCGUAUUCCUGUAUUCAAUCCAUACUCUGUCAAGUGCAAAACAAGGAGAUGAAUCACUUUUCAUUGAAAAGUGUAAAGAACAUGAAUGAACUGCUCAUAUUUCUGGAAAUUUCUUUGUAAAAUGGCUAUGCAGUGUGAAAAGUGAAAAACCUCCAUUGUGGUGAGGAGAAUACUUCAAUAUCUGUUGUUUUUGUUCUCAUUAACUCAGCUAAUGGUAGUUUUGACCAAAAAAGUUAUUGGUUAAAUUUGUAAAAAUGUUAAAAUUGGCUAAGGUUUUAAUUUAUGCUUGAAUUUUUUAUAAAAUGUUUAACCAAAUGUACCUUUGCAUCUAUUUAAUUAAAAUUGCUAACAUGGUUUCAUUAUUUCAGUAAAAUGUGCAGCUCCAUAAUUAGGGGGAGAAAGACCCUUUAUUUGCUACCAGUACACUCAGGUGAUGAGCCAGUUAAAACUUACUGCACAUACUAUUACAUGGAAAAUACCAAGCAUAUAGUGUCAAUAAUUAACUCUAUAUGAAUCUAUCCAAUGACCUAUUUUCUGUAGAAUUAAUUAACAUAAUAUAAAUCUGUACAUGUCCUUUCAAAAUUUUAAUGAGCCAAAAGAGAAGAAAAUGUACAUUUUGGUAACUCAAUUAUUAUUUCCAGUACUAAGGUCUAAUACCAAGUAAGACCAGCAAUGAAAAAUUAAGUACUGGUUUCCCAGUAUAGCACUAAGGACAGGAACAAAAUGGCUGAUUAGAUUUGGAAGCAAUCUCACAUUAUUAAUACAGACUAAUACAGUGAGAUUCUCGAAUGCUCUGUUAAAGCAGUAAAGGAGAAGUGCAUAACAGGAGCACUAAAAUUAAUGUUCAUGAAAUUAAAAUAUUUUGGUCUGUAAGUAACUAUUGUCUUGGGUUUUUUUUUCGUUAAGGAAUAGUCAGAGCACAAUUUAAUAGUAUACAUAGGUGAUUUUUUUCCUACUAUAGGGUCAUUAAGGCAUAUUUACAACAUCUUAAUUGUAUAGAGCUUGUUAUACAUUUUUUUUUCCUCUUUAACCAUUUCAUAAUGAAAAUUUUGUGUUUACAUCUCAUAAAAAAGUGCACUACUGGACAAAAAUGUUUACAUUCAGGUUGAUUUUAAAUAUCAUUUGAUAAAGACAUAAUAUAAAAGAGUUGAUUCAAACCAAUUCAAAAACAACAGCAGCCUUUUUUUGCAGAAAGCUUUUUGGAAUUUGCCCAGAGAUCUGGUAAAUAACUUCUUGUUCUAUUUAAUAUCCCUAUGAUGAAAAUGUAGUAAUUGACAAAUUGCUUUAUUUGUAUCAUAUUCUUAUAUUCCAUGUUUUGUUAUGUUAUUAUAAAAGAUAUUUAGUACCUCUUUGAAAAAUACAGAUCAACAUAUCCAAUGGAAAGAGCUAACAGAUUUAGAAAAAUUGACAAGAAACACUAAAAAAAGUAUUAGUUCCACAUGUGUGGGUUAUUAAUACCAGCUAUUUAACAUGCCGCAGGAUUAUUUUAUGUCUCUUAAUUAUUUCAUUUGUCAGUUCCCCUACUGUAUACAAAAUGAAAUAAUAUUUAAUUGUUUGAUUUACCAAUGAAGGAAAUUUGUUAAAUUUUACAUGACCUCAAAUGGAUGCUUGGCUCCUUUUCUUCCUUAAAUCAUCAGUCUUUGACAAAUAGCAAACUAAAAAUUCACUUUAACAUUAGAAAGCUAAAUGCAUUUUUAAACAUAAUAUUGGAACUUUUUCAGGAAUUUACUUAAUUCAGUUUUUGGUGAGAGAUACAGCCUGUAGUAAUGAUCACAAUUCUUUAACAAUUAUCCUACAAAAUUUGGUUCUAGUUCUACCUAAUCGUCAGUGAGAGAAACAGGUUGCAGUAAUAACAAUUCCUUAAUAGUUAUCCUAUAGAAGUUGAUUCUCUUUUAAGAGGUGAAACUAUGUAUCUUUUUUUUUUUUUUUAAUUUUAAAAGUUACCAGCAAAACAAGAAAAAAGGGCAGGAAUUAGGCACAACAACAAAACAUUGGUAAAGCAAAGAAUCAGAAUAAUGAAAAUGUUUCAUGUGCUCCUUUCAUGUGUUAAUAUUAUUCUUUGUCUCAACUGUCCUAAUUUUUAAAUCAAUGAAGUAUUCAUUUUUAAAUAUCUCAAAAAACAAAUGGUUUCUACAUGUACUAUACACCCAAUUCAGCUCAUUUUCUCCAAACUAAAAUUCAUUCAUACACACGCACAUUUAUGUAUGUAUGUGUAAUACACACAUGUGCUUGGAAAGGAAUUUGUGAGACAGCUCUUCUUGUAUUUGCUGAUAUUUGAAAAAUUCUUUAUAGUAUGUAUGUUGUUAGGAAAGGGGGGCAUCAUAAUCCCCUAGAUUUGCAUUUUGGUCAUAGAAAAAAAUAAUGUUUGGGAGGAAUGACAAAAGAUAUAAUGGAGCUAUUGUUGAUUUCUUGUAAUUUCAUUUUUGAUGGGAGUUCAAAAAACUGCUGCUAUUUAUCUGUUAUAUGUAGCUUAUUACAUUUAAUUACAUUCAGUGCUUUCAACUGAAGCUUUUUUUUAUUCUGCCAAAUUGUAGAUUCUUCUAAUGUUACUUGAUGUAAAUAUGUGUGCAUUUCCAACAAGUCUGAAAGUGUUCCAUAUGUUUAAAUAUCAGAAGUGGGAUGGGGAGGAGGGUGGUUAUUUGGACAACACCAUAGAUUUCAAAGUUGAACCCUGAUUUGUAUUGUAUUUCCAUUUGUGUUUGCUCGAAACACUUCUCACGUAACAAAUUCGAAAGCUAUAUCCAAAGGUUUUUUGUGGGGGUUUUUGGUGGUAGAGACAUUUUAACUUUUUUUUUUUUGCUUAAUAAAAAGCACUGAUAUUACAUGAAUUUAAACUUGAAUUUUUUUCUGCACUUUUUUAAGCAAUGAAACUUUUUAUUAUAAUUUUGAUUUUUCCACAUUUCCUAGUUCCAGUGAAAUAGCACAUGUGUACAAACACACCAAAAUCAUAGCCAUGCAGCUAGCAUUACUUUUGAAAAUCUGAUGAUUAAGAAUUUAAAAACCUUUGAGAGAAAGUUUUUCAAGAAUAAUAUAUAUAUAUAUAUAUAAACCAGUUGCUGUGUGUCAGCAUUCUCGGUCUGAAAUUAUUGCAACACUUUCAGAUUUGUUUCAAGAUCAUACAAUGAUAAGGUUAUAUUUAUACAUACUGCUAAAGAAUAUACUUUUAGUUUUCAAAAGAAAUUUUUAUAUAUAUACACUUUAAUUUGAGAAAAGAUGAACUUGUUAAGUUUAAGUCAGAGUACUUAAAAAGUAUGUAUAUUAUCCAUACAAAAAGUUAUGUUUUACGCUUAUAAUAAGAAAUAUAUUCGUAUCUCAUAUCGAGAUACAAGUAAUUAAAAAUCAAACCUACUUCACUAGAAAUCUUUCACACACUUGGCAGGAUAAUAUUAUAGGUCUUGUAACCCCUCAUUUCAACAUUCUCAAUGAUUACAUUGGGUGGGAUACCCACAAACACAGUUAAUAGCAAAAAUCUUUCUCAAUAGCUGCAGCUUGCUAUUGGAUGCCUACCAUAACUUUUGUUUUAAAAUAUAAAUAUAUUUAAUAUAUAUAAAUAGUUUUUCAGGUAUUUUCUUCAGCAUUUUUAAAAUAAAUUUCCAAAAACUAAAACAGAGUUUAUGUAUUUUUGUCAAUGAAAAGAUUUCUUUUGUAGUUGAUAGAAUUUGUUUUUUCAGUUUGAUAUUUAGUAAUCAGUAUUACUGUGUAAUUUUUUUCCAAUUUUGAUUUUGAAAAACAUAGCACUUUUUUUUAUCUAAAUAUUUAUUCACCUGGGUUGAAAUAUAUUGCCCAUAUGUUAAAAUUGUUAAAUAUUUUAGAAUUUGAAAAUCGGUAUGACAAUAAUGUUUGUGUUUAUUUACAGAUUUUGUUAAUUGAACUUUUCAUGACCCUGAAUGAUUUCUUAUAAAAUGUGAUAUGGAUACUUUUCCCUGGGGAUACAAAUUACUUCACUGCCACAGAAGUUUUCAAUUCUGUAGACAGAAAUUAGUUGUUUUGGGGAAAGAAAAAUUGAGAAUUUAUCCACUUCAAUCUGUUUCCAGUUCAAAUAAUUAUAACUUUUGAAAUUUCUGGUCAAAUAGUUUACUGAACUAUUGAACUACUGUAGCUAUUUGUUUCUAUCUCCACAAAUCCAUGUGUACAUCUUAGUUUCCUUCAUGUAUGAUAUUCCAAGCCAGCAAGUAAGUGUAUGACUACACCUCAGAGGAAUAAUGAAUGUCAGUUUUGCCAGUAUUUUUCACAUGAGAAUAAUAAUUGAUAAAACCGUAUAGUAUAUAGAUUAUGAAUAAAUCAGUAUUAAUUUGGUAUGGGUUUUUUGGCUCAAGAACUUAAAAAGGGAACAAGUUCAUUGUGAUAGAAUUGUGUUCACUUGAAAUUUUAGCUUUUUAAAAUUGUACUUUCACUAUAAAUGGUUAAAACAUUCAGCUAAAGAAAUGCACGUUGAAAAAUGAAAAUAAACAUAGCAGAAGGCAGUGCAAGGGGGUAUAUUGUGUUUUGAAUAAAUCCAUUUUUUUCUUUGUAAAUAAACAAUACAAUAUUACUUUAGACUUGACCUCUACUAAAUGUAAUAAAACUAAGAGAUACAUCCUGCUUUCCAAUUAUGCAACUGCUCCAUUGUAAAAGCACCACCAAAAGAUAAUAUGGUAAAGAACAGGAGUAAGUUUUUCUACCAUAGCCCAUUCUACUGGGCAAGCAUGCUUAAAGUAGAGUUCUAACUUCUGUAUACCUUAUACUGUACAUGUAGAUUUUCUUUUUGUUUUUUAGUUCCAAGUUUCUUUUUUAGUUAGUCUUGCUGAGCCCCAGUUGCUGUCUUGAAGGUAAUUACUGGAAUAUGCAUUUUAAAUGAGGUUGCAAAUCCAUUUGUCUGUAUGGUUUCAUAUAAACUACAAGCAUAUUGUUGCAAACAUUGAAAUGUCUCAGAUUUUAUAGUUAUCUUACACUCAUGUAAUUCCAAUAUGUCAUCACAACAAAAGGGUUAAAAUAAGGUAAUGGAAUAUUUUUGUAAAUAAAUACCUGUCCAGCUGGUAUUUUAAAAGAAAAAAAAUGUAUUCUAUGUGUUUCUGAAAAAAUGUUCAUAUAUAUGUAUAUGAAUGUGUCUUCUUUAUUCUGAAGGACUCUGGGUAAAAUAAACUACUCAAAUCUCUCCUGAAACAAAGUAACCCCUUUUCUGGAAGUUUAGUGUUUUAGUUUUUUUUUUUCCCUCUUAAAUGUAAGAUGUAAUUCUAUCAAAACUGUUAAAUUUUAGGCCAAGGAAAUAUAUAGAAAUUGCCUAUAUUAGCUAAGUUAAGAAUUGAAACAAGUAAUAAAAUAUUUAGGAGGAAAGAAAUUGUUUCUCAAAUAACUGGGUAUGCAAGGCCAGAAAGAUGUUUGUUUUGAUUUGUGUCUAGAAACAUCCAGCUAAUUGUUACUGUUAGUUAUCACUUGGCUAGUGUUCAUAUAUGUGCUCAGAAUGCCAGUAGCCAAUAACAAUUCCCCAAAAAAGAAUUUCCUGAAAAUUGAUGCGGAGGAGGGUUAAAAAGUUGAAAUUGAAGAAUCCCAAAUGUGUCACUUAUUUUCAUAUUAUUUCCACUACACAGGAAAUUAAAGACUGUAGUAAUGAUAUCCUUAGUUGAAUGUGUUAAAAAGUUGGGGGAGCAUGGUGUUCUUCUGUAAUGUGGCCUUUCAACACAUGGUGGCAGUCCUGUCAUGUUUCUUUCAACAUUAGGAAAGAAUCUGACUCUUACAUUUCUGCCAGAUGAAAUUUGUAAUCUUUUGAAAUAACCCUGUUUUAUGUUAGAUUUGACUUCUUUUUGAAUCCUUAGUUCAAUCCUUCAAAUACAGAUUGGGCAAAAAAAAAAAAUUCUGAAGUUUUGUGUUAUUAAAUGAGAACUUUACUAAUAA